CUCGAUUUUUAACCGGAAUCCGCCACGGUUCUUCGUUCUGGUCUUGCUACUCGGCUGUAGUCUUCACCGCCACCCGGUCAUUUCUGCGCCUGGUUCCCCUCCCCUUCGCGGGCUCGUCCCCCCCCUCCAGCCCUCUACUCGAGAACCAUGGCGUCUGGCAGUACUACCGCCAGUGAGGAGGAGCGGAGUCUCCGGGAAUGUGAGAUCUAUGUCCAGAAGCACAACAUCCAGGCCCUGCUAAAGGAUUCGAUUGUGCAGUUGUGCACAGUGCGACCCGAGAGACCCAUGGCAUUCCUUCGGGAAUACUUUGAGAGGCUGGAGAAGGAGGAGGCAAAACAGAUUCAGUGUCUACAGAAGAGUGGCACGCGCACCGACUCCAGGGAGGAUGAAAUCUCUCCUCCUCCUCCCAACCCAGUGGUGAAGGGCCGUCGGCGCCGUGGUGCUAUCAGUGCUGAGGUUUACACAGAGGAAGAUGCUGCAUCCUAUGUUAGAAAGGUUAUACCAAAAGACUAUAAGACAAUGGCUGCUUUAGCCAAAGCCAUUGAAAAGAACGUGCUGUUUUCACACCUCGAUGAUAAUGAGAGAAGUGACAUUUUUGAUGCCAUGUUUCCAGUCUCCUUUAUUGCUGGAGAGACGGUUAUUCAGCAAGGUGAUGAAGGGGAUAACUUCUAUGUGAUUGAUCAAGGAGAAAUGGAUGUCUAUGUCAAUAAUGAAUGGGCAACCAGUGUUGGGGAAGGAGGGAGCUUUGGAGAACUGGCUUUGAUUUAUGGAACACCUAGAGCAGCCACUGUCAAAGCAAAGACAAAUGUGAAACUGUGGGGCAUUGACCGAGACAGCUAUCGCAGAAUCCUCAUGGGAAGCACUCUGAGAAAGAGGAAGAUGUAUGAAGAAUUCCUUAGUAAAGUGUCUAUUUUAGAGUCUCUGGACAAGUGGGAGCGUCUCACAGUGGCUGAUGCAUUGGAGCCUGUUCAGUUUGAAGAUGGACAGAAGAUCGUGGUGCAGGGAGAACCAGGGGAUGAGUUCUUCAUUAUUUUAGAGGGCACAGCGGCUGUGCUGCAGCGUCGGUCAGAAAACGAAGAGUUUGUUGAAGUGGGACGACUGGGGCCUUCUGAUUAUUUCGGUGAAAUUGCCCUGCUGAUGAAUCGUCCCCGGGCUGCCACGGUGGUUGCACGUGGCCCUUUGAAGUGUGUGAAGCUGGACCGGCCUCGGUUUGAGCGUGUCCUUGGCCCAUGCUCAGAUAUCCUCAAGCGAAACAUCCAGCAGUACAACAGCUUUGUGUCGCUGUCGGUCUGAGAUCUGCCUCUGUGCCUCUCUUCCCCCGUCCAUGCUUCACUCCUGCAGACUGCUUUCUCUCUCUCCGCAGCGCCAAAUGGCCACUGGCUUCACAGCUUCUGUCUCUUUAUACUACAAGUUGCUUUAUUGCACCAUUUUUUCAUUUGGAGCAUUAACUGAAUGCUCAUUCACAAAUAAAUAGAGUUCUAUGGA